GUCCGCACAUAUUUCUUCGAUUUUGCUAUCAGUUUAAAAUCGAAUCAGUUCAAUGAAAAUCGAAUAAAAAUUCAGACAAAAAUCAAAAAACGUUCCAAUGUUCAGAUUGUAAAAUAAAUAUAAUAGUUAUUAGAUAGAAAACGCGGCCGAGAUACUGUGGAUUGAAACGGGAAGACGCAAUAAAAAGUGCGGUCGUGAAAUCAAAUAACGCAAUUGUGCAAAAAAGCAAACAAAAAUCUUGAACAAUAAAAAAUUCGAGUUUGAAUAAAAAUUCAAAAAUAAAUACGGAACAUAAAAUACAAACCUAAUACUUCUCUAUAUAACAAUAUUGCAACAAUAAUAAAACUAGAAAUUAAACGGUAUACGCUAACCCUACCACCAACAAUAACAAAACAAAAUCGACUGUAUUUUAGUAAUAAUAUAUCAACGAUAACAACCACGGGCAACAACAACAACAAUGAACACAUUCAUACGUCAUCAGUCGAAAAUCCUGCGCUGCGAGAAAACCUGGACGGCUUUCACAAAAGAUGGAAGCAGAAAGUACUCCACGCCGCAAUAUCUGACCCGCUUUGCCUUGCGAAGACACAUCGGUGGCUCAACUAAUCCAAGUUUUUGGAUGGCUGGCAAUUGUGCCGGUACACAGAUUGGAACGCAGUCAGUGUUACUCUCCCGCUGGUAUGAAAUCAGUAAUUCGCAUCAUCACAAUCAGGGCAUCGGCAGCACCUCACGAAAGUUCCAUUUAACACGGCGCCUAGAUGAAAAUGCCUCUUCGAAAGUUGAGGUGACAGUCAAAACAAUGAAAGAGAAGCAGAAAGAAAAAGUGGAGGAGAUUAUAAAGGAGGCAAGUGCACCGGCCUCCACAAAAACUGUCCGCGAGCCGGUGGAGCCUGCCAAGGCAGUGGCCACAGAGCCACAGAAAGCCGUCGAAGUCAAAAAGUCAUUGGGUACACGCAUCUGGGAGGAAUUAGUGCACUACUAUCAUGGAUUUCGGCUACUAUUUAUUGAUAUAAAUAUUUCACGUAGGCUUAUAUGGCGUGUACUUAAUGGUAAGACACUUACCCGUCGUGAGAAUAAACUACUUUUACGCACCACCUCCGAUCUAUUCCGACUCAUACCGUUUUCGGUUUUCAUAAUCGUUCCAUUCAUGGAACUACUAUUGCCGUUCUUUAUUCGUUUCUUCCCUGGUAUGUUGCCUUCUACGUUCCAAACGGCCAAGGAGCACGAGGAUAAGCUGAAGCAAUCGCUGCAAGUGCGUCUUGAAAUGGCGAAAUUUUUGCAACAAACACUCGACGAAAUGGCUGUACAGCAUAAGAAGGAACACAAGAGUGAAGAGGCUAAGCAGUUCGCUGAGUUCUUCGAGAAGAUAAAAGAUACCAAAGAGCAUGUACCAAUUGAGGAGAUCAUUAAGUUCGCUAAACGUUUCGAAGACGAAAUCACAUUAGAUUCGUUGUCACGUGAGCAAUUGGCGGCGCUGUGUCGUGUGCUAGAGCUAAACACCAUGGGCACCACCAACUUGCUGCGUUUCCAAUUGCGUCUCAAAUUGCGUUCACUCGCCGCCGACGAUCGUGCAAUCGCUCGCGAAGGUGUCGAAGCGCUGGAUCUCUUUGAAUUGCAGCAGGCGUGUAAAGCGCGUGGUAUGCGCGCCUAUGGACUGACAUCAGACAAGCUGCGUUCACAGCUGCAAGAAUGGAUUGACUUGUCGCUCAACGAAAAGGUGCCACCGACCCUACUGCUAUUGUCGCGUGCAUUACUCAUCUCCGACGAAACCGCGACAACGCACAAACUCGUGGAAACGAUGCGUGUAUUGCCCGAAGCAGUUGCGACAAAGACGAAAGAAAAGAUUGGCGAAAGCGAAGGUAAAAUUGAUAAUAAGACGAAGAUUGAAGUGCUUAAAGAAGAGGAACGAAAGAUUAAAGAAGAGCGCGAGGAAGAACGCGAAGCAGCAAAGGCCAAGUUGGAAGAGGAGAAGGCGCAAGAAACCGAAGAGUUGCUUAGCCAAACACCUUUUGUACGCGCCAAUAUGAUGUCUAACGAGCAACGAAAACAGGCUGAAGCUAGCAAUAACAUAACGUCAAAGGACGUCGAAUUGCUGUCCGACGCUUUGAAAUCACUAUCCACAGAUAAGAAAAUGAUGGUUGAGAAGGAGACACUCAAAGACCUCAAAGAGGAGCUUGAGGAUUACAAAGAAGAUGUUGAGGAACUGCGUGAGGUGCGCAAUGUCGUCAAGGAGCCAUUGCACGAGAGUCGCGCGGCGAAACUGCUAUUCAAGAAGGUGAAUAGCAUGAUUGGACACUUGGACAAGGUGCUAUUGGAUUUAGAGAAGAAACGCGAAGGCCAGCAAAAGCAUGCAAAAGAAGUUGAGCAGACGCCGCUGCAAAAUCAAGACCCUACACAGGAUGAGGAUAUUGUGCGCGUCGCCGAGUUGAUGGACACGAUAAAGAAGUUGCAAAAGACUUCGGAUGAGACGCGCUUGAAGCAAAUCGAAAAAGUGUUGAGCAAAAUCGACGCCGACAAAGAUGGCAUGAUAACUGUGGAUGAAGUGUUGAAGGUCGUGGAAGCGAUUAGCCGCGAAAAUGUCAACUUGUCAGACAAACAAAUUGAAGAAUUGGUCACGCUGCUCGAUAAAGAGAAUAUCAUAGAAGCUGAGGAACGUAUGGAGAAAGCCAUAGCGAAGAGCAUAAAAUUGGCAGAAAAACAAAUUAAAGAUCAACAAAAGCAGGUGGAAGCAUCAAAGGCGUCAGAUGAAUUGAAGGAUAUGGCGCCCGAACUGAAGGAUAAUGCAACGGACUUAAGUCGAGACAGCCAAAAGAACGUCUUAAAAAUGGAGGCAUGCAACGAGAAGAAUCCACUCUUGGAAGCCGCUGAAAAGCAAAAGGAGAAGAUACUCCCAAAAAACGAUAUCACUGCACAAAUACCUGCACCACCACCACCAACAGCAGCGACCCAGGGGAACCCAAAAGAUAAAAUGAUAUGAUGCGAAGACGGAGGUGAUAAACCAAAACAAAAAUUCACAGAUCAAGACCGUCGGUGCAAGUAAAGAUGUGCUACUACAGGCGGCUAAUUCAAGAGUAACAUCUUAAGCCGAUUUGUCUUGCUUUUUUUGUUUUAGUAAAAUUGAAUGGGUCGAGUGCAAGCGUGCGUGUGUAUGUAGUAAUGAAAAUGGUGAUGAGGCUGACUGUUUUGUGAAAGAAUUUAAAGGAUAUAAAGUUAUGUAUAGAGAAACAUAAAAUAAAAAUAAUUGAUAGUUGGAAACACGGUUGGUGUUGCGGUGUAAAGGAGCGUAAGAGAGAUGGAGAGAAAGUGUGCUUGCUUAAAAUUUUAACAACGGCAGCAAAGGUGGCAAAUAACAAUUAAAAAGUGUUUGAGGAAAAACCAAAAUAUGACACUGUACUUGCUUAGGUUGAAGAGGUUAAUUAAAUACGAUUGUUGAAGCAGCGAUCGCAAGCUUAGCAGAAGUGGGGUAAUAGCAUACAGAGGGGUAAUUCACUAUUACUUAAGUACAAAUGUUGUGAUUUCCAGCCAUUUGCACUUAAGCGUGAACUAUUCAAGUGUAUAUAUGCGCCAUUAUUAUUACUUUAGUAAUGCAACAACAACACUGCUUUGGCAAUAGUGAUUCAAAAAUGCAAGGUGUGCGCCUAUUACGCAUUUUUUUGUUGUUGCUUUCCUUCUCGGUUGCUACGCAAAUGAAUUUCCACUUUACAACCAACUGGCCUAGAUAUAUUUUUAUUUUCCUUUAAAAUCAUUGCUAGCCAACAAAUUGAUAUUUUGGACUAUUUUUUCCAAAAGCUAUUUAACCUGUUAAGCGAUUAGUUUUUCUUAGAAAGCUCGUUUUUCUUACUGUGCUGAAUUAAUUUCAAGCAAAGACGUGUAUUUACGACAUACCGACAAACCGACAAACCGGUUAUCAGCCAAAUAUUGGAUUCACUGUGCGCAUUGGCUGAACGAUUAUGAUAACGAUUAUCAGGAAAUUCAGUGUUCAUGCUUACUUUAUAAUGUCAAAAUAACAGGGAAAUUUUCGUUUUUUGCUUAACUUUAAAUUUUAUAGCAAAUGCAAUUUUUUUUUCAGCAUGACGCACAUAUACGACAUUAACUAAAAAUGAACUUUUGAAAUUGACGCAUAUAUACGACAUAAUCACUUAACAGGUUAAGUUUUCUCUUUCCAAAGUAAAAGUUACAAUAAAAACUUUUUUUAGCAGAAAAAUAUUUCCUUUUCAUUUCAAAGAAGAAAAACAACAAAACACAAAAAAUGCCACCUCAGCUGCAUCGCAAAAAUAUUAGCAAAACUUUUUGUUGCUUUUAUGAAAGAAAAAGGAGAAAGUUUUGCGUAUAUUUUACGCGCAAUUUUGCAAGCACAAUUGCGAACGUCUCCAAAUCGUAACACCAACAAUAAACUACCAUAUACCAAAAUAAUCGCAACCGUAAGACGUGAAACAAAUAAUUAAAAAAAAAUGCGUUGACGCUGCCGCCGUUGACUUUAUACGAUGCUAUUGUCAGUCUGCGAGUAAAACUUCACCACAAAUUGUGAGGCUGUAAAAUUAUAUAAAAUAAAAAAAAUCGCUAUUUAAAAUUUGUUUAACUUUUAUGUGCAUUAUAAUUUCUUGUUUUUGUUUUUUUUUUUUUUUGUAUAAACUGAAUUUCAUAAAAGUAUUGUAGAAUUUUUGAUACUACAUGUAAAGAACAAAUGAAAGAUGUAAUACAUAUAGACUUGGAAAAUACUUAUGUAGAAACCCGAAAAUAAAUUGUCACAGUUGUGAGCAAUGCACAUGCAGCAUAAGAAAAAAAAAACGAACAAGCAAAUAUAUAUGAAUUGGUUAAAAAAACACACACACACACACUCAUACACUUAACCGCUAAAUAUAGCAAUUCGAGUGGUAACUAUUACAUUUAAGUGAAAAAUGGCGUGAUUUAGAAAUAGUUAAAUUGCUGAAAAACUACAAAGUGCGGAUAAAAAGUCGACCUAAGCGGUUUUUUUUUUCCUUUUCAAAUGCUUUAUAUGUUUUUCCGAAUUACGCUUCCAGGCGCUAUUUCAAGGCAAUUUAAUCCUUUGUAAAUAUUUUGUGUGUUCUAAAAUCACUUUAAAAAUUGAUUCAAUUUUGUUCCUUCUACGCACCCUGUACAUAAAGUGCUUAUUAAGCUGCUAGACAUUCUGUAUCAACAUAAAAUUUAAUUUAAUGCUAAAAAAACAAAAAUAUUUUAAAGAAUUAGAACAUUUUUAAAAACUACUUUUUUUUUGCAAAAACAAAAAAUCUGAAAGCCCCUAAUCAAUUUAACUGCGUAAAUUCCAAUCUAAUUUGAGUAAAUUAAGCAUCCAAAUAAUUUGUUUCCACACUUGUCUAAAGUACAAUUGGAGCCGGCUUGUUUUUUAUCAGUCCGAUGUGAUAUGCCAAGAUUUGGCAGCCGCAUCGCACAUAGAGCUAGCAAUGUCACUUAGUCCGUUGUGGUAUGCCAAACUAAAAAAACAGCUUAUAAAUUUUUUAAAUUUAAUUUGUUUAUUAUUAUUGAUAAUUUCUCUGUUGUAGCACUAUGAAAAAAAAAACAGCAACAACAAUUGGGCUUUCAAUCUAUUCAAUCGGUUUUCCAAAAUGUCAAUGUUUGUUUUCAAAGAAAAAACAAAAAAAAAACCUAAAAUUCGCUUAAAUCUCAAAAUCUGUUUCUAAGCC